AUGAGGAAAUGGAAGAAUCUAAAAGAUACUUUUAAAAAAGAGGUUCAUAAAUAUGAGAAAUCGGGAUCAGCUAUGACAAAAAAAGCAAAAUAUUGUUAUUUUGACAAUCUGUCAUUUUUACAACCUAAUUUCGACGGAAGAUCUACCUCAGGAAACAUGGCACAUGAAAAUGAUAAUUCGGCUGAAGAAAUCAAUAUUGUAGAUAACCUCGAUUCACCGACGGCUUCAGACCAGGCAAUGUCCCCCAGUGUCCCCAAUACAGUGCCUAAACAGUCGAAGAAAAAACUAUCUGUGUUUCAGGAACACGUGUUGAACGCCAUAGAAAAGAGAACUAACAAAGAAGAAGUUUUUGAUGGAAAUAAACAUUUUUUGCUUUUUUUGUUACCGGCGAUGAAGAGUAUGGAUGAUCAAAAUAAUAUUAAAUUCCGAAUAGAUGUCAUGCAACUCCUACAAAAAUAUACAACAAACGAUAACCAAACUAUUCUCAGCCUUACACACCACAUCCACUUUAUACACCACCUCAGCCUUAUCCACCACCUCAGCAUUAUACACCACAUCAGCCUCAAUUUCAACCAUAUAAUAUCCCUCUUCAGCCUUACACUUACACGCAGCAAAGACUCGAAAACACGGUUAGAAAUAGGGUUGCCACCUUUGAAAGAAAGCAGCCCCGGAGACAGGCCGAUAAGCAUAAGCAAAAAAAAAAAAAAAAAGGUCGUUUAG